UUACAAAGCGCGGGGUCAAGCCUGCCCUCCUCUCUCUCUCUCUCUCUCUCUCUCUCUCACAGAGGAAGCAGAGAAAAAGAAGCUUUCUCUCGCAUGGUGGAUGGUGGGCUCCUCCGUUAGCUGCGCAAUGAAGUUAUCCACAAGCAUGUUUCUCUCUCUCUCCCCACUCUGCCGUGUGUAGAAGCUUUUGAUAUAUCAGAGCUAUGAGCGAUAAUGUCGCUUUUCUUUAAAGACGCGGAUCCUGUGUUUCAAGGUGCAGGGACCAAAGCUGGGCUGGAAAUCUGGUGUAUCGAGAGCCUCCGAGUAGUUCUUGUCCCGAAAUCUUCACACGGGAAGUUUUACUCUGGAAGUGCUUACAUAGUUUUGAACACAGCAGUGCCAAAAUGUGGAAUUCCCCAGCAUGACAUGCACUUCUGGGUGGGAGAAAAUGCAAAUAAGGUUGACUCAGCUUUGGCAUCAGACAAAGCACUGGAACUAGAUGCAGCUCUCGGAUCUUGUACUGUACAAUACAGGGAAGUUGAAGGGCAAGAAACGGAGAAAUUUUUAUCGUACUUUAAACCAUGUAUUAUACCUUUAGAAGGAGUUUACUGCUCACAGCCUCAGCACCCCAAAGAUAAAUCAUAUCAAAUCAGGCUGCUGACCUGCAAGGGAGACCGUGCUGUUCAUGUUAAGGAAGUGCCUUUUUCUCGGUCAUCAUUAAAUCACAAUGAUGUAUUCAUCCUAGACACUGCAUCAAAAGUUUUUCUCUUUAGUGGAUGCUACUCCAGCAUACAAGAAAGGGCAAAAGCAUUGGACGUUGCUCAGUACAUUAAAGGGAAUAAUCAUAGUGGAAGCUGUGACUUAGUAACUAUAGAUGAUGGAAAAUUUGUGGGUGAUUCCGAUGUUGGUGAGUUUUGGAGCUUUUUUGGUGGUUACGCACCCAUUCCUCGGGAUGUGCCUUCUGAUCAGAAAUCAUCUGAUUCUUCAACUAAAAUAUUUUGGAUAAGCACUCAAGGGAAAUUAAGCCAGAGGGGAUCUGAUAUUUUGAACAAAGAGAUGCUUGAGACAGACAAAUGCUAUAUGCUAGAUUGUGACUCACAGAUAUUCAUUUGGAUUGGGAAACAUACCUCAGUUACGGAACGCAAGACAUCAAUAUCAGCUGUAGAGGAUUUUCUCAGAAAACAGGACAGGUCAACUGGGACCCACUUAACUUUACUAACUGAAGGGUUAGAAACUGCUGCAUUUAGGGCCUGCUUUGAUGAUUGGCCGAACACUGUGGAGCCAAAACUAUAUGAAGAAGGCCGAGGGAAAGUAGCAGCAAUUUUCAAGCAACAGGGCUAUGAUGUGAAGGAGCUUCCUGAACAAGACUUCAAAUUCUGUAUAAGCAUCCAAGGGAUGAUCAAAGUUUGGCGGGUAGAUGGGGACAAGAUUACCCAUCUUACAGAUGUAGAACAGAGAAAACUUUUCACUGGGGAUUGCUACAUUGUGCAAUAUACAUAUCCUGGAAGUGGUAGGGAUGAGAAUAUAAUUUAUUCCUGGCUUGGUCGCAGGACUGUCAUGGAGGACAGAAGAGAGGCCAUAUCCCAUAUGAACACAAUUGUUAAUUUGACCAAAAGGGAUUCAGUUGUGGUGCUAGUAGUAGAGGAUAAAGAGCCAGAUCUAUUUUUCUUUAUUUUUGAGACAUUAAUUAUUUUUAAGGGAGGAAAGAGUACCCGAUACAAAAAGCAUCUAGAAGAGAAAGGUAUUGAUGAUGAUACAUAUGAUGAAAGCAAGAAUGCACUUUUCCGAAUUCAAGGGACGGGCUCGAAUAAUAUGCAGGCAAUCCAAGUUGAUCUAGUUUCAGACUCCCUAAAUUCAUCCUAUUGUUACAUCCUUCAAACUGAAACAUGCAUUUUCACUUGGAUUGGCAGUCUCUCUUCGACCAGAGACCAUGAAAUUCUAGACAGGAUGGUCGACAUGAUAAAUCCGACAUGGCAACCUGUAUCAGUCAGGGAAGGGAGUGAACCUGAUUUAUUCUGGGAAACACUUGGAGGAAAGUCAGAGUAUCAGAAGGGAAAAGAGGCAAAAGGACCCAUUGAAGAUCCACAUUUAUUUGUCUUGAACAUCAGUGAAGGUGAUUUCAAGGUGAAGGAGAUUUACAACUUCACCCAAGAUGAUCUAACUACUGAAGAUGUUUUGGUGCUUAAUUGCCACAAUGAGAUUUAUGUUUGGCUAGGCUGCCACUCAAACGUUGGGGGGAAGGAACAAGCAUUUGAUCUUGCCCAUAAAUUUCUAGAGAAAGAUAUUUUGGAUGAAGGAAUUUCUCUUGAGACUCCCAUAUAUGUUGUCACUGAAGGACAUGAGCCACCACUUUUCACCCAGUUCUUUGAGUGGGAUUUCUCCAAAGCAAAUAUGCACGGUAAUUCGUUUGAGCGGAAGCUCGCUGUUUUGAAAGGAAAAUUACAAAAUCUUGAUUCACCUGUAAAAAAAUCAUGGAAAGCACUCUCAAGGGAAACUACACCAGAUGAAUCAAGACGCACCUCCAUAAGUUCCUAUCCGCACGAAAGAAGUCUAUCUCCUGCAUUCAGAGGUUUAGGGCCCCAUUUAAAGUCUCCAAACAGAGAUCUUUUUUCCAGUCCAACGCCAACUGUCAGAAUGCUCAAUUUGACAUCUUCUCCUUCUGAAAGUGCUGGCUACCCGACUGCAAGAUCAUCAUCACCGGUCUCCAGUAAAGGUAGCGAUAUCCUUCAGAAUAAUGGGGACGUGGUUGCUGAGAACCUACCAAUAUAUCCAUGUGAACGGCUGACCGUGGCAUCUAAAGACCCAAUUAAAGACAUAGAUGUGACCAAACGAGAGGCAUAUUUAAGCGAAGAAGAGUUUGGAGAGAAAUUUGGGCUGCCAAAAACAACCUUUUACAAGCUUCCAAAGUGGAAACAAAACAAGCUCAAGAUGACCCUAAAUCUUUUCUAAUGAAACUUAUGCACGAUAUCCUUCUACCCUCAAUCAUGAAUAGAUUCUCAUCUUACUUCAAUUUCACGUUUUUCUUUUCAUUUAUGUUGCUAUCUCUUUCCAGUCAUUUGAUUUGAUUGUUGUUCUUGAUGGUGCACGCAAGAAAAGUGAUGAAUUUUGAUGA